GGGCUAACCUCAGUCCUUGUCUUGUCCAGGUGGCGUGAGGAUGCUUUCCAGCUUGCUGCUCCAGAUCACCACCUUCCUCACCUCUCUAGGUCUAGGUGAGUCUACCUGGCUCGUCUCGCAGAAUCCAGGGGAAUGGUUUGGUGCAGGGGCUGGCUCUCCCGAAGCUAUGAGUCGCGCUCUACCCACCACAGCAGACCCUCAAGUCCUCCUUCUCUCCAACGAGAUUGACUCGUGGAUGGCCCAGCCGGAGCAGACAGUUAGCAACAUGCCAUUUCACCUUUACCAGGUGCUGAAUGCUCUGAAUGGAUCAGACACUGAGGUAGAUGCUGACGACCCAGACAGGGCCUUCACGGGAGCAGGCAACUUCUGCGUGUCGUGCAAUAUCCUCUCCAAUAUGGUGAUUGGGUAUUCUCGCCUGGGCGGACCCAUCGACAUUAUGGCAAACUUUCUAGUGAAGAUUUGCUUUAUAAUAGGCUACAGAUCUAUUCCUGUCUGCCGUGGCAUAAUUAACCAAGACAAGGAACGUCUUGAAUAUAUCCUCCGGAACAGCAACUCUGACGCAGAUGAAGUGUGUGCACUGAUGCUUGGUAACCAGGGAUGUGGGUCCUUCCGGCGUGCCCCCUGGAAUGUUGUCAUCCCGCCCAGUGAUUUCUUUACCAAGAACCCAACGGAGUCAUUACAGAGAGAUGGCUAUUCUCGUGCAGUACACACACUACCUGAACAGGAAGAAAAUGUUCGUGAUUCAUUGAAAGUAAUUAAACAGCAACUGGAUCGGCAACAUGCUGGUCCGCAGACUACCACAGCCGGUGGCAGAGGUGGAGAUGAUAGCAGUGGUAAAAAAGUGCUGAAGGUGCUGCAUCUGACGGACCCACACUUCGACCCAGACUACCUUGUUGGGGCUAAUGCUGUCUGUGAUGCUCCCAUGUGCUGCAAUGCCGAUAGUGGUCCAAUAAAGAGUCCAAAAGAUGCAGCAGGGAAGUGGGGGGACUAUCGUAACUGUGAUUCCCCACGAUGGUUGCUGCAACACAUGCUACACCAUAUUAUCGAAAAUCACCCGGACAUUGACUACGUGUUGUGCACGGGAGACUUGGUUCCUCAUCACAUCUGGAAGAUUUCCCGCAAGGACAACUUGGCCAUUAUGCGCCAAGUGACAAACCUUGUCACGGGAUUCUUUCCUGACAUCCCGAUGUUUGGGGCUGUUGGCAACCAUGAGAGUUUUCCUCGGGAUAGUUUCCCCCCACCCGAAGUGCCUGAAGUUUGGUCAAAGUUUGGUGUUCAGUGGCUGUACGAUGCUGUAGCCGAGCAGUGGGAGAAAAUGAUGAAAAUGCCUACACCCAGCAGUGCCCGCUUUGGGGGAUAUUAUUCCAUCUUGGCUCGUCCAGGUCUAAGAAUUAUAUCCAUCAAUACAAAUUAUUGUUACAGGUUUAAUUGGUGGUUGUUGUACAAAUCGGUGGAUCCUGGGCUGGUACUGCGGUGGCUGGUGUCGGAGCUACAGCAGGCAGAGGUCAGGGGCGAGCUGGUGCAUAUCAUCGGUCACGUUCCACCAUACUACAAUGACUGUUACAUGCAGUGGGCUCAUCAGUUCUCUCGUAUAGUUACCAGAUAUGCCUCUAUCAUCAAAGGCCAGUUUUAUGGACAUUCACACCUUGACGAGUUUCGGGUGCACUAUGAUGUGGAUGCGCCAGAUAAACCCAUCGGUAUCCAGUAUAUUACUCCCAACAAUGGACCCUUUCACAACCUCAACCCUUCAUACAGAAUUUUCUACAUAGAUGGGGACUACCCAGAGACCACAAGGAACGUGUUAGAUCAUGAGACCUGGGUGAUGAACCUGACCCAUGCCAACAAGUAUGAUAACCCGUACUGGUACAAGCUGUACUCAGCGCGUCAAGACCUCCAGCUGCCCUCCCUUGAACCACAGCACUGGGACCAGCUGGUGAAGAAAAUGGCAAGUGAUCCAGAACUCUUCAACAAGUACUACAGGUACCAAGUUCAGGACAGUGAUAAUUACUAUACAAAUCGUGUUUGUGGAGCCAAAUGUCACCGGAGAACUCUCUGUACACUUGUUGAGGGAGACAAACUUCUGCCUCGCAAGUGUCCACCCAAAGUUUGAUAAUCCUAUACCAGCAGUGAAUGCUGGAAAGUUUUCAAGGAAAAUACAGAAAGCACAAGCGAAGGAUUAUGUGCUAAGUUUUACUGUAGCAUCUAUAACCUCUGAUUUUAUAAUAUAUUUUAGAAAUGAAGUGGUUUAGUAUGUUUACUUUGACAAGAGUCAAAUAAGACAGAUUUUCAACGUUGUAACUUGUGCCAUUUUUCAAUAAUUGGCAAUUUCCAAGAAAAUUAAUUUGUGAAUUGUGGUAAUCUUGCAAUUUCUUCGCGUCUCGUUGAUAUGGCUCCUUAAGAGGAAAGUAGAGCUGUGCAUUUCCUAGGAAUGAACCACCCCUGGGUAGAUCAGUGCCAGACUAGACCCCAAAAAUAUACAGUACUUAGAAUGUGCAGGAAUCCUCAACCCUGACCUGGCUGAACAUGUUCAGGAGGCCCUGCUACUUUCCAGAAAAGUGUGUGCCUAUUGAAGAACUCAAUUACCCUCUGUUUACCAUAAAUGGAUGUAACCUAACAUGAAGUGUAGUUGUUAAUCAAAUCAUGAUUUAUACUGUUAUCCUUAAGAUUUGGAGCAUGCAUACUGUACAAGGACAUAAUAGAAAGUUACUUUUCUAACUUUUUGUAAACUGCUGCCAUAUUUUGUACUGCUUUUAAUUAAUUAGUUAGUAUUCUUAUCUCAAACUUAGGUUUUAGUUAAGAAUGUCCUACAGUAUUAGGUUGGAAGAUAUUUAAAUAUAUGCAGUUCUGGAUAUGCUGGAGUUCUUGGGUAUACAACAAUUGAAUUUGGAAAUCAAAACCCCUUGACUACUACAUAGCUACUGUACAUAUACAGUAUGUGUGUUACACUAUUUAUUUAAUGAAUGUAUUAAAGCUGAUAAAUUUGUAAAUUGUAUAAAAAGCCAUGUACUAUACUGAAAAUGUUGAAAUCGAAGUGCACUAAUGGAUAUACUGGUCUAGAGGUUUUUUCUAUUUUACACUUUAAGACCAAGAUACCUCAAUGAAUUUUUUAUCAGAAAACCUUAAAUUUUGGGCAGCAUGGUUGAAUUAAACAAAGUACAGCUGUGAUCUUUAGUGUCCAUGCACAGUAUUCUGAUGCAAAUUGUAUUUUCCCUUAUUCAUUUAUGUCUUGAACAGCCAUCAAGUUCUUCGGGUAAAUGCAGAGCUAUAUAUUUACUAUUUACUCUAAACCAUGAAAUUUUUCCAUUGCUAUAUUCAGAUUAUAAUAGUCAUACAUUGUAUUUUGCAUUGAAAUAUUGUACAGUAUAUACAUAGUAGUCAUGUAAUAUUAAUACUGUACUUAUUUUUAUAAAUUACAUUAUGCUUAUUUAUGAAUGACUACAGGGAAGAAAUGUAGCUCUUUAUUCAGUGUCUUCCCUCUCAGCAUGGUUAGUUUCCCCUUUGUAGAUGGAAAUGACUUUGGCAACCCCUUCCUUCAAUGCAUUCCACAGGCCAACUACCCAUACAGGGUAUGACAAUGUCUUAAGUUAUAACUCGAGUGUGUGCUCACCUUCAACUGAUGUCCUAGUAACUGCCAUAUGUUUGUAUCAAUGCUUGGAGUUGUGUAAGAUAGUUUAAUUUUGGUAACCCAUUACGUGUACAGAGCUUUCAAUGCAAAUUUCCCUCAUUUGCCCAUUAAACAAGUCAAUUUUUUAAGUCCAUAAUUUUUCAUUAAUGAGGUUGUAACCAUUCCAGAGAGAACAUGCUGGACAUUUUGCUCAAGACCAAUUUCCUCUUUAAUAAAUACACUUCAUCACACUUGUCAUGUAUAGCUGCACUGAUGUACAUUUUGUGUAAAGUAUUUAUUGAGGAGAACUGUAUCAGCAUUCCAUGUAAAUAAACUGCUAGUCUUUAA